UUUGCAGCCCUGACCCCUGGUUGGCAUAGGUCAAGGCCGCGGUGCCCUGAGCGCCUCUGAGCAAGUGCACAGCAGGUGGCUCUUGCCAGCCAGCCGUGGUCUGCACCUUGAACCCCACUGCCCACACAGCAGGUGUGGCCCACGUGGCCGGGUGUGGCCACCCCAGCGCCUUCCAACCACGGUACUUUCCUGGGUGCAGAUCCCCUGGCCGAGCAGAAGGGUGCUGUCGCCGCCCUGAGAAGCCAGCUGGCCCGGUCCUGCCUGCCUGCAAGAUGUGGCCGUCCCUUGUGCUCCUGUGGUUCGCCUGCUUGUCCCUGACUGAAGGCCACAUGGUGUCCACCGAUGCUCGGAUCUUAGUCCGACGAGAGAUCUCGGGGGAAGCAGAUCCAGAGGCCAGUAACAAAAUGUCAGCUAACAACACUGCGGUGACCACGGGGACCUCGGUGGCCAGCCACACCUCCACGGAAGUCACAGCAGGGACAGCAAACAGCUCACACACGGCUGCUCCGGCUUCUACAUGGGGCACAACAAGGACCAUGACGGCAGUGAUGGGGACAAUGCCAGUAACAGGCCAGGUGGCCUCUGUAGCUCCCUCGUCCACGACGUCCAGGCCCACCACCCCUGGGCCCACGUCCCCUGGGCCCACGUCCCCUGGGCCCACCACCCCUGGGCCCACGUCCCCUGGGCCCACGUCCCCUGGGCCUACCUCUGUGUGGACAACCCCACCCAUCACUUCCACUGGGCUCCCGCCCUCCAGUACAACUAUUGCUCAGGUGCCAAACAGCGUGCUGCCCAGCACAGCCACGCCAGCAGCACCAGCUACACAUGCCCUUUCCACUGCUCUGACCUCUGCAGACAUGAGCCGUCCCAUGGGCACCCCCGGGAACGCCACAGCCAGUCCCCACUCACAAGGCCCCACAUUACCACAGCCCACUCCCUCACCCACAGCCCCGGAGCCCACACCCUCACCCACGCCCAUGCCCACUCCCUCACCCACGGCCCUGGAGCCCACACCCUCACCCAUGGCCCCGGAGCCCACGCCCACUCCCUCACCCACAGCCCCGGAGCCCACGCCCACCAGCUCUGCUGUGCUGCCGCCAGCAGUGACAGCCACCAAGCCGCAUGGCAAGGAGCCGACCAGCGGUGCUGUUCCAGCACCUAGCACCCAGCUGACCCCUCGGGUGCAGACCACACCCCCCCGCCCCACAUCGCCUGGUGUGCCAGCCACCGCUCGGACGUCAGAGCAGGGGGAGACUAAAGCCACGGGCAGUUCUACCUCCAGCUCAGGGGUCUCACCGCCACUGCCGGCCACAGACUCAUGCCCACCCAGCACGCGGGGCCCAUACCUGGUGGUCACCACCAGGCCGCUGACCCCUUUGCCCGUCAACAAAGCCAUCCUGCUGGUGGUGCUCAUGCUGGGCGUGGCCCUGUUCGUCUCGGUCCUGGUCCUGUUUGCCCUGCAGGCCUACGAGAGCUACCGGAAGAAGGACUACACGCAGGUGGACUACCUGAUCAACGGCAUGUAUGCUGACUCGGAGAUGUGAGGAGCCUGGGGGGCCGUGGCUGCACCAGCGCCACCCAGACUCCCCUGCUGCAACCUGGGGGGUCGGGCCACAUGCGCCUACGCACUCGGCUGCCGGCAGGUUCAUUCCACGGCCGGGAGAGAGUUGCUGCUUCGGUUUUCAUAUUUAUUUUUGUAAAGUCACACAGCGAGGAGCAACUGGGGCAUUCUGCCACAGGUCACCGCCGUUGGUGCCCCUGCGGAGUAA